AUGGACUCUGUUUCUGUCGAGCCGGAAAGCACAUUUGCGUACCAUGGUCUUGAGAUCAACGGCAUCGCACAUGCUGAGGUCGUGAAGUCACUGAUCAGGGAAUUCCUUGACUCUGUCAAAUUCGACCGCAGCCUUCCAUUUACCAAAGACCUUGAGCUCGAAUCCGCCGUGUGGACGUAUUUCAAGAGUUUGAACAUGGGCGCAAAAAUCGAAGAACCGGUUCAGAAAGCACUCAAAUUAUCCGUUACCCUGACGCAUCAGGCAUACACCAAUCUGCCCUUCGAGAACAAAGUGCUGUGCGCUGUACAGAUACUCUACAUGUUCCUGGUAGACGACAUCGCCGAAGAUUUUAUAGAUGACCUACGGUGCUUUUGUCAGAACUUUAUCCUUAACAAUGGUCAUAACCACCCAUUGCUUGCCAACUUCGAUACGCACCUCCGCUAUCUCUCACGUUACUAUGGACCAUAUUGUCAUUCAACCAUUAUGAAGUCACUUUUUGACUACGUGAACGGUCGCAUCAUCGAGCAUGAAAUGGAGCGAUCAGACUUCCACUUUCCUUCCACCGCAAGACUUAUGCCUAUGUUUUUACGCACGAAAGUCGGCGCUGCUGAGAUUCUGGUGUCCAUGAUGUGGCCGAAAGCUAUAUUUCCGGAAGAAGCCUACCUUAUGCAGUAUUUCCCAGCUAUACAAGAGCUUGUCCUCUUCAUUGAUUUUACAAAUGACAUCCUGUCAUACUACAAAGAGUUUGUUAUCAGACAGGAAAGGGGCAAUUUUGUGGCCAACUUUGCUGAAACACACGACAUGUCCCACUUGGAUGUUCUAAGACAUCUAGUUGGCUAUGCUCCUAAGGUAUCUUCUUCUUACCCCCAUUUAUCAGAACCCAUAUUUUGGAAUGGAUGCCGCGAAGAUGGUACAAGCAUGCUAAAAGAAAUUACAGGUUAUGGAUUCCGCAUACCGAACUUUGGAACUUAA